AUGUCUCAUAUUGAAUUAGAGAGAGCUGAAAGAGAGAGAGAGUUAAAAGAAAAAGAGGAAGCCUCAAAGAUAGAAAGUUCUAUCACAGCAGCAGGAACCUUGUUCCCUGAGAAAGAAAGUUCAGUGUCGUUAAAAUAUCCUAUGCUGACAAAAAGUAAUUAUGCAGCAUGGGCUAUAAAGAUGGAGGUUUUUAUGAUGGCUCAAGGAGUAUGGGAUGCUAUUGAGUCACCUGAUUCAAUUGAUAGCCGCAGAGACAAAAUGGCAUUGGUUGCCAUUUACCAAGGUAUAGGGGAAGAUACCUUGCUUCAGUUGGGUGCAAAGAAGACCGCCAAGGAAGCAUGGAAUAUGCUAAAAAUGAUGAACCAGGGGGCUGACAAGGUUAAAGAGGUACGAUCUCAAACGCUUUGGAGAGAGUUCGAAGCAUUGAGAAUGGGGGAUUUCGAAAAUGUUGAUGAUUUCUCAGGAAAGCUUACAAUCAUUGUCAACAAAUUAAGGAAUCUUGGAAAUACUGUAGAAGAAGAAAGGGUAGUGAAAAAAUUGUUGAGAUCAGUCUCAUCCAAGUUCCUACAGAUCGUAUCCGCCAUAGAAGAAUUCAGUGACCUAACCACCAAAUCUGUUGAGGAGGUGAUAGGUUCACUAAAAGCCCAUGAAGAACGCUUACUUAGCUGUGGUGGGAAGUCGGACGAAACACUCCUUCUCACUAGAACUGAGUGGAAAGCGAGAGAGGAGGCUACAAAGAACAAGAAAGCUUCUGCUAAUUCAAGAGAAGGAAGAAGCGGAGGACGCGGUCGUGGUAGAGGAAGACACUGUGGUGAAUCAAGCCGAGGCGGUGAUGAUGAGUCGAAACCACAAAAGAAGAAAUUCGACAAAUCAAAAAUUAAAUGUUACGGCUGCGGAAAGAUGGGACACUUUGCAUCGGAGUGCUUGUCAAAAGAGAAAGAUGAACAAGCCAAUUUGACAGAAACUGAAGAGGUAGAAUCGGCUCUUUUAUUAAUUGAGAAUUGCGAGCUGAAUGUUUCGAAGGAAGAAAUUUACAUUGAAGAACCUUCUUUGUUAAUGAUUGAAACUUGUGAAGUUACUGAAGGGGAAGUAUAUGUAGCUGCAACAGGAGGAAGUCUUAUGAAGGAAGCCGGGUGGUACUGA